AUGGGGUACGACGAGGAGGCCCCAGGCACAGACGCUAUUAAGUUCCCUCGCGGCAUCUUGGACUACUCCCUUUCUGGCCAUGAGCAUCAAUCCGACCUCCGCUGGAAGAUGACGGGAAACCUUGGUGGCGAGCAGUAUCACGAUCUCAUCCGUGGUCCUCUCAACGAAGGAGCUAUGUUCGCCGAACGACAGGGCUAUCAUCUACCCCAACCUCCGAGCGAUACAUGGGAAACACGAAGUCCGUUUACGAAAGGGAUUGAGAAGUCAGGGGUCGGGUUCUUCACUACAUCCUUUCCCCUGAAUCUGCCUAAAGGGUACGACAUUCCAUUACGGUUUGUAUUCGCAUUUAAUGGCUCAACGAACGUCGUACAUACGCGCAAUUAUCGCUGCCAGCUCUAUGUUAAUGGCUUUCAAUUUGGGAAGUUUGUCAAUAAUCUCGGCCCGCAAACAGAUUUCCCUGUGCCCGAGGGAAUUCUCAACUACAACGGGAACAACCAUAUAGCAGUUACACUGUGGGGCCUGGACGGUGGAGCGGUGCUUGGGCCAGAGGGCUUACAACUUGUGGCGUCGCGGCCUAUUUGGUCAGGGUAUCGGAAACCAACCGCGGUGGAGUGGCCAGGAUAUGUGAAGAGAAGGGGGGCAUACUGA